AUGCCAACGAUCAAUUUCAGCGUGCCAACAAUUGAACCAUCUAUUCCGACAGUUACCGCAUAUACGCCUACCAUUCAACCAAGUGUACCAUCAAUUGAAGUAAAUUUUUCAAUAACAACACCUCAGAUACCAACGUUUGAGCAGACAACAACACUUCAAACAUCAGAAACAUCAGCAACAAUACUUCAAACAUCAGCAGCAACACUCCAAACAUCAACAACAAUGCGUCAAACAUCAGCAUCAACACCACAAACAUCAACAACAAUGCGUCAAACAUCAAAUCAAACCUCACAACCAUCAGCAGCAACGCCUAAAAUACCAGUAGUCACACUUCAAACAUUCGUUCUUUGUAAUGGUAUCAUAUAUCUACUUUUGUUUUUCGAAUCAUUUCUUUGA